AUGACGACUGUUCAGCACCUAGUCAAGGUCGUUCAUGUCGAGGUUCUGGUGCCUCGCCGCCGACCUCUCCGAGCGUUAAUCGCGCGCUCCCUAUCUCGCUCAGCAGCCUCCUUUUUAACCAUAACAGCUUCACAAAAGGAGGCUACUGCCCUCCAAGCUGAGGUUCCGCUUAGCAUCGCCGAUACGACGGCUGGCAAAGAUAGAUCCGACCCAAUAUGUUGGACCAGACGAGGUCGACUAACUUUGGGGGAUGAAGAAAGAAGUGGUCGCCCUUUGACGGCUGUUACGGAAGGAGACGUGCUAGCACUGAAAAAUUUGGUCCAAGACAAUAGACGAAUUACAUAUCAAGAGAUUCAGCAUAAACUGCAGAUUGGAUCAGGGAGCCUUAAAGAGUUUCUACACGUGCAUCUACGGGUGCAGAGCAUAGUUUCACGAAGGGUGCCGCACAACCUCACCGAUGUUCAAAAGCAGGCAAGGGUGGAUUGGUGCCAUGAUAUGAUAGACAAAUUUGAAGCAGAAGUUUUCUCUGCUGUGAGCAACAAGCAACCAAACACAGGUCUCCCCAAGGUUAGCAGCAGGAAGAGGGCAGGAUUGCCCUGGUGGACCGAAGAGCUCUCUCGACUCAAGACCGAGGUCUUGAGGAAGAAGAGGCGGAUCUCCUCCGCCGCGCCAGUUCGCAGAGAGUGGGUCGUCAAACAGUACAUCGACGCAAAGGAGAAUUACAAGCGCGAGGUUAAGAACGCUCAGACCCAAAGUUGGAAACGCUUCUGUGGCCGCCAAGAUCGGGAAUCCAUGUGGGACGGGAUCUACAGGGUGAUACGCCGUACAGCCGUGAGGAAGGAAGAAGCCCCCCUCGUUAAAGACGGUAAGGUCUUAGAGGGGGCGGAAUCAGCCAGGUGCCUAGCGGAGGCAUUCUUCCCGGAAGACAAGCCGGAGGGAGACGACGCGGACCACAAAGAAACGAGAAUAGUGGCCGAUAGGGUAAACGAGGAGUCACAUGAUAGUUCAUGUGACCCCCCAUUCACACGGGCAGAACUCGAGUGGUCCGCGUCAAGUUUUAAUCCAAAAAAGGCACCUGGCCCCGAUGGACUCACGGCUGAUAUUUGUCUAGCCGCGAUCACUCUGGAUCCGGACCUCUUCCUGGCGAUAGCGAACAAGUGUUUAAGCCUCUCUAUCUUCCCUAGGAGGUGGAAAGAGGCAGCAGUGGUAGCAUUACCCAAACCCGGUAGGGACGACCUCACGCAGCCGAAAUCUUACAGACCAAUAGGCCUUCUGCCGAUAUUUGGAAAAAUCUUAGAAAAAAUGGCUGUAAGACGUGUCCGGUGGUAUACUGCGCCGUCGAUAAGCGGGCGCCAAUACGGAUUUAUGCCGCAGCGUUCUACCGAAGACUCCCUCUAUGAGAUGGUCCAGCACAUCAGGUCUCAGCUUUUAGAGAAAAAGAUCGUUGUGCUGGUAUCAUUGGAUAUAGAGGGAGCCUUCGAUAACGCCUGGUGGCCCGCAAUCCGGUGCAGACUGGCGGAAACGCGAUGCCCCGUAAAUCUGAGGCGCAUGAUCGACAGCUAUUUUAGCGACCGAUCAGUGCGCGUCAGAUUUGCGGGUGCGGAGUACGCGAAAUGUACCACCAAGGGCUGCGUGCAGGGUUCUAUCGGGGGGCCUACAUUUUGGAACCUGCUGCUGAAUCCCCUCCUGGUGGAGUUAGAUAGCGCGGGCACACACUGCCAGGCUUUUGCGGAUGAUGUGGUCCUGAUGUUCUCUGGGGAAAGCUCUUCGGAAAUACAGACCCGUGCCAAUGCGGCCCUCGCCCUUGUUCAGAAGUGGGGGGUUAGGAACAAGUUAAAAUUCGCGCCUACUAAGACCAAGGCAAUGGUCCUCACUAGGAGGAUCAAAUACGACUCCCCACGUCUGAACAUGGGCGGAAAGCCCAUUGAGCUGGUUAAGGAGGUCAAAGUCCUGGGCUUGACAGUUGACGAUAGACUCACCUUUAAGACGCACGUGGCAAACGUCUGCAUCAAAGCGCAAGGCAUAUAUCGUCAACUGUCAAGAGCUGCCAGAGUUUCCUGGGGGCUGAACCCAGAGGUCAUCAGGGCCAUAUACGUGGCAGUAGUGGAGCCCACCAUUCUUUACGCGGCCAGCGCGUGGGCACAGGCGGCGAAAAGGAAGGGGACCUUGACGUUGUUGAACCGGGUGCAACGGGGGUUCGCGCUGAAGAUUGUGAGGGCGUACAGGACUGCGUCCCUAAACUCGGUACUAGCACUUGCUGGGUUGCUUCCUCUGGACCUUCGGGUCCAAGAAGCGGCCCUCCUUUAUGAGGUAAAGAAGGGUCACUCCCAGCAAGUGCUAGGGGACCUUGAUUUGGAAUUACCAGUCCCGUACGCCCAGACGCAGCACCCGGUGCACCUGGAGGGGCUGCAGUUCGACUGCAUGGCGGACGGUGACGAAGUGGCCCAGCGAGCUGCCGUCGAUGUAAAUAUUUACACCGACGGUAGCAAAAUUGAAGGCAAGGUCGGCGCGGCGUUAUCUAUCUGGGAUGGCGCCGCGGAGACUCUCUGCCGGAAAUUAAAACUGGGAAACUUCUGCACCGUAUACCAGGCGGAACUGUUGGCCCUGCACGAGGCAACCCUGUUUGUAAUGAAGAGCAACCGACGCUCGUUUGGUCUUCAUUCCGACUCCAGGUCCGCCCUCGAAACGGUAGCAAAAGGCGAUUCCCUCCAUCCCCUAGCAGUGAAAGCGAGAGAGAAUGUACGAAAGAGCAGAGAGCAAGGGAAGGAUGUCAGAUUAUAUUGGGUGAAAGCGCAUGCCGGGGUGGAGGGAAACGAAAGGGCGGACGUACUUGCAAAGCAAGCUGCGGUCGGAAUGAAGACCAAACCGAACUACGACAAGUGUCCCGUUUCAUACGUCAAGUGGCAACUCCGAUUGGAAUCGCUUGAGGUAUGGAACGGGCGCUACAGGGACGGGGAAACUGCCUCAACAACCAAGGUCUUCUUCCCAGACGUCGUACGCGCGUUCCCUGUGCUCAGAAAAAUAGACCCGGAUCAGGUACUUACCCAAGUUUUCACUGGGCACGGGGGGUUCUCCUCGUACUUGUGCAGGUUCCGCUGCAAGGAGAGCCCCUCGUGCAUUUGCGAUCCGGGUACCGAAGAGUCCGUGCUGCAUCUUCUCACUGAGUGCCCGGUAUCUGGUGCGAUGAGGGCCGGCGCUGAAAUAGAGAUGGAUAGGAUUCAAUUUUCGUCGCCGGAUGAUGCGCUCUCAGCGUUGGAGCAGGCUGUAAACGAGGUGUCUGCGGCGGACUGGAAAAAGUGUUUCGAAAACUGGUUCAGACGCAUGAAACUUUGUAUAGAGGCUAGUGAAGAGUCCUUUGAAAAGAUGUAA